UAUGGGCACGCCACUAUAGCACUGCAGUCAUUCGGUGCCGGUGGUCGCAUCGUGCCCAGAUGAAAGCGCACAAUUUUGCCAAAUUUCGCGUACGCUAGCGUUAUUUAUAAUUAAGACAUAUUGCGUAACGAAUCAUACGUAGCGCCAGCGUCGAGCUAAACCUACAAAAAGCUCCGACAAUGCUUUCUAUGUACAAUGCUGUGAGCCUGCAAGGUCAGGUGCUGUUCCCCCUGAGCCAUGUCGCAUCGUUGGUUGCAAACAAAAGCACAGGCCGUGCCAACGACAAAGUUUGCCAGCGACAUGGGAGGCAAGCCAGUGAGAGCAAUGUGUUGUGUCCCGAAAGCUUUUGCAAUGUACUUUCCUGGCUUUCCAAGUCCAGUUUGCAGGACCUUGCAAGACUUUCAUUGACAGAAGCACAGUUCAGGCAUCUAGCCAUCUCAAGUAUUGAAACUGUGCAACACAGGCCCUCCUGGCAUGUUUCAUGGUGUUCUGCCAACACAUUUUUUGAAAACAAAAAUGGGUUCACCAAGGAGCAUCUGAGGAGGAGUGCACUGCCUUGUCUGUUCUUGGGGACUUGUUCAUAUAGAGUUGCAUCACCGCUGUUAACAAGGCCAUUGCACACAGCUUACCAAAUUCGAGGGUUCAAGACGAAGAGUAGGCAAGCAGGCCAUUCAGCCCUUGUGAUGAAGGCUCCCGACUUGAAUGAGCGUUUUCUGGCCCUCAGAACGAGAAAAGACAAGGACAGACAGAAAGCUCAAUCUGAAACGGAACAGAGUGAACGUCUCAAGACGCUUCUGUCCAACGAAAACCUGACCCAGGAGGAACAGCAGAGACUCAGGGUUGCCUUUGCUGAGGGCUACAUGGCGUGUGACCCAAAGGUCCGCACCAGCACCAAGCUCAGGGUGUUCAACAUCUUUCGUGAUCUGUUGGGCAUCAUCCUGAUCCUGGCGAUCCUUUUUUCCUUCAUGGGUGAGCUCUCUGGGGGUCCUUUCAGAAGAGUUCUGAUUGGCACAACAAAUGAAGUGAUGCCUGAGGACAUUGAUGUCACUUUUGACGAUGUCAAAGGAGUUGAUGAAGCCAAGCAAGAAUUGCAAGAAAUAGUUGAGUUUCUUAAAAACCCCGAAAAGUUCUCUUCUCUUGGAGGAAAGCUGCCAAAGGGUGUGCUUCUAGUGGGGCCUCCGGGCACCGGCAAGACCCUGCUGGCUCGGGCUGUGGCCGGCGAAGCGAAUGUGCCCUUCUUCCAUGCAGCUGGCCCAGAGUUUGACGAAAUACUUGUUGGCCAGGGUGCACGAAGGGUCAGGGACCUAUUCAGUACUGCAAAGAUGCGAGCCCCUUGUGUGGUAUUCAUCGACGAGAUUGACUCUGUGGGAGCAAAGAGAACCAACUCUGUGCUGCAUCCGUACGCGAAUCAGACCAUCAACCAGUUGCUCACGGAAAUGGAUGGCUUCAGGCAAAAUGAAGGAGUUAUUGUUCUUGGUGCUACAAAUCGUAGGGACGACCUUGACAAGGCACUGUUGCGGCCGGGCCGCUUUGAUGUGGAAGUCCAGGUACCUGUGCCAGACCUGGCAGGCCGCAAGGAGAUUCUGCAGCUCUACCUGGACAAGGUCAAGGUUGCCUCAGAUGUGUCACUGGAUGUUCUCGCACGUGGCACAACAGGGUUCACGGGUGCCGACCUGGAGAAUGUGGUCAACCAGGCGGCACUGAGGGCAGCCAUUGAUGCCGCACCAGCCGUGUCCAUGCGCUACUUGGAGAGUGCGCGAGACAAGAUCCUCAUGGGUCCGGAGCGUAAGUCACGCAUCCCUGAUGAGGAGGCCAACCUGAUCACAGCUUACCAUGAGGGUGGCCACGCCUUGGUGGCACACUAUUCCAAGGAGGCCCAUCCACUGCACAAGGUUACCAUCAUCCCGAGGGGCCCAUCUCUGGGACACACUGCAUACAUUCCCGAGAAGGAGCACUACCACGUCACCAAGGCCCAGAUGUUGGCUACUAUGGACACGCUCAUGGGAGGCAGGGCAGCUGAAGAGUUGGUGUUUGGCUCGGAGAAGAUCACUUCAGGUGCUUCGAGUGACCUGAAGCAGGCAACGGCACUUGCCACCAACAUGGUCAAGGAGUGGGGCAUGUCUGAGAAGGUUGGUGUGAGAACGUUCGAUGAAGAUCACAGUUCGCUGAUAGUUGUGAAUGAACUGGCACCAAACACUUCAGAAGUUAUUGAUGCAGAGAUAAAGAGACUUCUGCAUGAGUCGUACGAGAGGGCUAAGGCAAUCCUGAAAACUCACCAGAAAGAGCACAAGCUGCUGGCCGAGGCGCUGCUCAAAUACGAGACGCUCGAUGCAGAUGAUGUCAAGCAGCUGCUCAGUGGGAAAGAGCCAAUUCGUAAAAGCGUACAGAAUACAUGGGACUUAAAGAAAGAAGAGCUGGACUUGUUCUUGCCAGCCACCUUCUUCAGCUAAAAGAACAUGGACUUUCGGCGUGUGAAGAAGACUAAAUUUUAAAAUAAAACAAUGCUGCAUAAGCAGAGUAGGUGAUUAUACAAAA